CUUCAUUUCCUUGCCAAGACAUUUAUAUGUAGUUUCUCAUUAAGAGAGGAACAAUAAUACACAUAUCCCUUCAUUCCAUAUACUUGCCAUGGAACAUAAAAUCAAAAUUUUCCUUUUAGUUAUACUCUUGGUCUUAAUUCCUUUUCCUUUAUCUUCUGGGUUAGCUGAUCAAGGAUUCAGAGAAAAUAUGCUUCCAACUCAUCACUUUUUUCACAAGGAUGGUAUAAAGACAAACUCAAGGAAGCUAUUGUCCCAUGAUUUUGUGUUGGAUUAUGAUGAAGCAGGACCCAACCCAAAGCAUUCAAAGAAACCUGGCAAUGGCAAGGGUCCUUAAAAUACUUAACAACUAACUAAUUAUAUUCAUAUAUCAUCGUAUAAUAAAACUAUAUAUUAUCAUAUUAUGUAUUUCCCCUCCAAAUGUUUUAUUCAUGUAUGAGGAGAUAUGAUAUGAUUAUAUAGUCAACCACAGGAGCCACUAUUUGUAUGAGUUGUAACUUAUGAGGUAUUGAAUAAAUAAAGUAUGAUUGAUAUUUUUCUUUU